AUGGCGCAGGACAAGGACGCCUCCAAGGCCGCCGACAAGGGCAAAGGCAAGGCCGUCGAGGCUGACAAGGCCGACGAUGCCAAGAAGGGCAAGGACGCCCAGGUGAACGGGAAGAAGGACGACGACAAGAUCAUCGACGCUCCGGAAGAGCUCAGUGAAGAAGACCAGCAGCUCAAGAACGAGCUGGACAUGCUCGUGGAGCGCUUAACGGAAUCCGAUGCCUCCCUCUACAAGCCGGCCCUCGAGGCCAUGAAGACGUCCAUCAAGACCUCCACCUCCUCCAUGACCGCAGUACCCAAGCCCCUCAAGUUUCUCAGACCGCACUACGAACCCUUGACCAAGCUCUACGAGGAGUGGCCCGAGGGUGACGACAAGUCGUCUCUGGCCGACGUCCUGUCCGUCAUCGGCAUGACCUUCUCGGACGAAGACCGCCAAGAUACCCUCAAGUACCGGCUCCUCUCGCCCUCACAAGACAUCGCAUCCUGGGGUCACGAGUACACCAGGCAUCUGGCCUUGGAGAUCGGCGAGGUCUACGCCAAGCGUGUCGCCAACGACGAGGACUUCCAGGACCUGGUCGACCUCGCCACUGUCCUGGUACCCCUGUUCCUCAAGGCCAACGCCGAGGCUGACGCUGUCGACCUGAUGAGCGAGCUCGAGAUCGUCAAGAGGCUCCCCAAGUUCGUCGACGAGAACACCUACUCGCGCGUGUGUCUGUACUUGGUCAGCAUGGUCAACCUCCUGACCUACCCAGACAACGAGGAGUUCCUGCGCGUCGCACACGAGAUCUACAUGACAUACAAGGAGUACACACAGGCCAUGGUCAUCGCUAUCCGUCUGAACGACCUCAAGCUCAUUCAGGAGGAUUUCGAGUCGGCCAAGAACCCGGCACUCAAGAAGCAGCUUGCCUUCUUGAUCGGACGGCAGAAGAUCUGGCUCGAGUUCGAGAAGGACAGCGAGGAGGCACACGAGAUCGAUGAGGCGCUCUGUAACAUCAAGCUCGCAGAGUACUUCAAGACGCUCGGCAAGGAGCUUAAUAUCCUCGAGCCCAAGACGACUGAAGACAUCUACAAGAGCCACCUGGAGAGCAACCGUGUGGCUGGCAUGACAAAUCUGGACUCCGCUCGCCACAACCUCUCCGCCGCCUUCGUCAACGCCUUCGUCAAUGCGGGUUUCGGCAACGACAAGAUGAUGCUCGUCGACCAGGACAAGGAGAGCUGGGUGUGGAAGACCAAGGACGAGGGCAUGAUGUCGACCGUCGCCUCGCUGGGUACUCUGCUCAUGUGGGACGUCGAAAACGGCCUAGACAAGAUCGACAAGUACACGUAUAUUGGAGAGCCUCAGAUUCAGGCUGGUGCUAUGCUCGCCAUCGGAAUUAUGAAUUCUGGUGUACGGAUAGAUUCCGAGCCGGCCCUGGCGCUUCUGGGUGACCAGGACAAGCUAGAGCACAAGAGCCCCCUCGUGCGAACCGCAUCCAUAAUGGGUCUCGGCCUGUCCUACGCCGGAUCGCAGAAGGAGGACGUCCUCGAGUUACUGCUUCCCAUCAUCACAGAUUCUAGCCAGGAUAUGCAAAUAUCUUCCAUGGCCGCUCUGUCUCUGGGUCUGGUCUUUGUUGGUACCUCGAACUCCGAUGUCAGCGAGGCGAUAAUUACCCUGUUGAUGGACGAUGAGCGUAAGUCGCAGCUCACUGACAAGUGGACUCGUUUCCUCGCGCUCGGCCUCGGCCUCCUGUUCUUCGGUCGCCAAGAGGAAGUCGAGGUCAUCCUCGAGACCCUCAAGGCUGUAGAUCACCCCAUGUCCAAGCCCUCGGCCGUCUUGGCCGAGAUUUGUGCAUGGGCCGGCACUGGUGCUGUCCUCAAGAUUCAAGAGCUGCUGCACAUCUGCAACGAACACGUGGAAGACGCAGAAGAGAAGAAGGGCGACGAGUUAUUACAGGCAUACGCCGUUCUCGGAAUCGGCCUUGUGGCCAUGGGUGAGGACAUUGGCCAGGAGAUGGUUCUACGCCAAUUCGGCCACCUUAUGCACUACGGCGAGGCCAACAUCCGACGUGCUGUCCCUCUAGCGAUGGGUCUUAUCAGCCCAAGCAACCCCCAGAUGAAGGUCUACGACACACUCUCGCGGUACAGUCACGACAACGACAACGAUGUUGCCAUCAAUGCCAUCUUUGCCAUGGGUCUGCUUGGCGCCGGUACCAACAACGCACGUCUCGCACAACUGCUACGCCAGCUCGCCUCCUACUACCACCGUGACCAGGAGUCGCUCUUCAUGGUCCGCAUUGCACAGGGUCUGCUCCACAUGGGCAAGGGCACCAUGAGCCUGAACCCAUUCCACACCGAUCGCCAGGUCCUAUCGCGAGUAAGCGCCGCUGGUCUUCUGGCUGUCCUCGUGGCCAUGAUCGAUGCCAAGCAGUUCAUCACAUCAUCGUCACACUACCUGCUCUACUUCCUGGUUACCGCCAUGCAGCCGCGAUUCUUGGUGACGCUCGAUGAGAACCUGAAGCCCCUCACCGUCAACGUGCGGGUUGGUCAGGCCGUCGAUGUCGUCGGACAAGCCGGUCGCCCCAAGACCAUCACCGGCUGGCAGACACAGAGCACGCCGGUGCUCUUGGCCCAUGGUGAGCGUGCCGAGCUGGAAGAUGAGGAGUACAUCAGCUUGUCGAGCACAUUGGAAGGUCUGGUCAUCUUGAAAAAGAACCCGGAUUGGGAGGCAGACAAAUAG